AUGCAGGCAGACGCACCAGACCCGGUGCCCGCCUCGUCUCCACAGAUUGCACCCGUCAGGCCCACAGCCGCACCCCUACAUGAGCGCGGACUCGCCUCACACGAUGGUCUGCGGCGCCGGCGCUCCAUCUCGCCACCAGCCGCGACACCACACUCCCUAGCACCAACUUCGACCCCGACCAGCGGUAGCGGUACAACGUUGCGCAUUCACCUCCAGACCCCGCACGCCGACCUGGGUGGGGACACGGGCUUAGCAAGCGGUAUACGGAGCCCCGGGUGGGAUGUACGCGGCAGCCUGCGCGUCACAGACGUCAAGGAUGCCAUCGCGGACGGCCGCGCCGGGUACGGUCACUGGGAGCGGUCCGGUCUGCGACUCGUAUGGCGCGGACGAAUGCUCGCCGACGACGAACUGGUCGGUAUUGCGCUGAAAGGCGCCGAUUCGCCGACGCUCCUUCUCGUCGCCCGCCCCAUCGCCACGCGUAUCCGGCCAACCAACAAGGCGCCGCCAGCCUCGUCGCUGGAUACCCACGCAUACGGUACCUCACCCUACUCGACGACUGCGGCGGUGUCCGCCAUGACCACGGCCACGUCGCCUGAAGCUACAGCCUUGGCGGACACGGUCCACUACGUCCUCUUCCUAUGCCGCGAGCAUCUCGCCGUCCUCCUGGGCGCCCCUGUGCUCCAGUGGCAGCGCAUGCACCCAACCCCCAUCGUGUCUCGUGCCGAGGCCCGCACAGCCGUGCAAUCAGUUGUGAGGGCGUACGCAGAGCCGCACUGGGAGUGGGAGGGCGCCUUCGCUGGCGACGGUGCUUCUCUCGAGGACCUUUGGGUGACAAUUGGCGCCGAGGGCCUGCGCAACGCGAUUACCAAGGCGUGGACCGCCGGCAUGGGCAGCGAGUAUGGCUCGACUGGCGAGAAGUGCCGCAUCGAAUUAGACCACACAGUUUACGAUCUUUACCUUCCAGCUCUCCAAGACAUGGUCCCCAGUCAACUCAUCAACCUUCUCUUGUAUCUUCGCACUGCGGACCUGGCUGCUCUUCCAACGCCGACGCCGACGGCCGUCCUUGCCGGUCCGCAAGCGCGCAUCAUCUAUCGCGGGUCGAUACAACUACGGGUACCCCGCAUCUCCUUCGCCCUCCUCACGCACCUCUUUUGGUCAGCCAUGCGCAUCGCAACCAUUCUGUGGAUGAUUACGCGUGGCAUGCACUGGGACGACAUCAAGUUUUGGCUCCUGUUCGGCGGCUGCCUGGGCUGGUGGGUAGUGGACGGAUACAACCAUUGGGUGGUCGAGCAGCGCGAGGAGCGUGUGAGGGCUGAGCUCCGUGCUCGCCGCCUAGCCGCUGAGGCUGAAGCCGAGGCCCGGGAACGUGGUCUCGACCCUGCUGGCAACGUUGCCCCUAUGGACGCUGCCCAGCGUGUCGCCGCCGACGCACCCAUCCAUGCUGCUGCGGCAGCUCGUGCAGGCGCCGGGGAGAUCCGACAACGGCAGCCGCGGCGCCGUGGAGGGCAAGACUGGAACUCGCUUGUGUUCUACCACCUUGAUGUCGACCGCCGCCAGCUUCGCCUUCCUCGCUCGAGCGUUGAACAGGCAUCCCGAACCGCUGGCGGUCCCGCGCCGCCAGCCCACCAAAACAUCGCUCCUCGCCUGCGACACGCACCCUCUUCCCGCCCUGCGUGGUGGAUGACCCAGAUCUUCCUCCGCAUCUACCUGUGGUUUAUCACCCUCAUCCCCGCGUUUGAGGUGCAGCGCGCUCGCACCAUUCGUAGGCGCGAGAGAGCAAUGCGUGCUGUCAUAACCGGACUCAACCCGGAAGUGCCCGUUACCGCUGCUGGCGUUCCCCUUGUCGAAGAGACGCCUGCACAAGAGGACCAAGACCAAGGCGAGGACCAAGCAACACCUUCUGCUGUCGCGCGCGAACUAGUCUUUCCCGACAGCAUCUCACCAGCCGCCCGCGCCUAUUACGCCCGCAUCGCGGGCACAUCCGAGGCAAUUGACUGGGAGGAAGAGCGUGACGCGCAGCGCGCGAUGGGUAUUCCUGACGAAGAGGAUGCGCGGGCUGGAUUCGCCGGUCUGUUGUAG